UCUCUGUACAAAACGCAGGGCUUCCUGGAUCAUCUGGAGUCGCACUUUUACAGUACGAAAUCGGUGUCUGCAUUUUUAACGACGUGCAUUCUGCCCCUCGCAGCGCUUUCCCCUUCUUCGCCAUCGUUGAAGAUGCCUGCAGGCACGGAACUCGCCGUCUCGCUGGAACCGCCAGACUCGAAACUGCACCUCCUCGGCUCCCUCUCGGACCUGGACCUGUCCAUGCUGAUUGCGGCCGCGCGGCUGGACAUCGUGGCGCACACCGACACGGUCAACUUCGCGAUGGCCUACGACGAGUACGCGUCGCUUAUGAGCAAGCAGCGGGUGCAGUCAGCCGGCGCCGGGAUGCUGACCCUGGGAGGCGGAGCGCGGGUGUGGGGCCGCGGGACUGCAGGCAUCGCGUGGGAGCGCCUGGCGUCUCUCGGCUUGCUGGUCCCAGCGGCGGCCGGCGGCAGGGGCACCGCCGGUUUGGGCGGGUUGGACGCCAAGAUGUGGAAAGUGGACGUCGCGCUCGAGGAGAUUCCGGCGGCGGUGAAACUGAAUGCAGUGCUCUCGCGGUGGUGUAGGGAGAUAUAACCUAGGAGAGAGCAGCCCACGCCUUUAUUAUUACAGCCAGCAUGCGCAGGUACCGCUCCAUCCAGGUUGUUAUGAGUGCAGCCCAACAUAAUGUACGUACCAAAACAUCCUCUCGACUACCCCUCUUGACAGAUUGGUCAGUCGAUGAACCUCGACUGCAGCACGCAGUUGCCCGGCCUCUGCAGUUCAAUCGAAAUCUUUAGAAAAGUUUCGGCGUCGACAAACAUGGCUGGAUUGAUCAAUCAGGCCCAAACCGACACCGGCCUUUUCCGUCCCAACGCAGC